AUGGAAAAAGCCUCAUGCUUGUUUUGUGGAACCAUUCCUUCAACAACAACAAGAACAUUGGCUUUGAGUGCUCAAAGGAGUAGCUUUUCGAGUUCUUUGCCACUCUCUUUCUCUUCUUCUUCUUCUUCUCCUGUGAAAUCUAUUUGUUUAUUUGUUGGUCAUAAAUAUAAUUACCCUUCAACAAAAUUUCAGUCCAAGCAGCUUGUUUGCAAUGGUAGUAGCAGCAGCAGUCCAAGUAGCAGAAAGUUUACUACUGCUACAAAGAAGAAGCCUAGAAGCAAAAGCAAUGUUGCCAGCAAGCCAAAGAUCAGCGAAAACGAUAACAAUGGUAUUUCUUCGAAGUCUACUUCUAGGCCUAGUAGUAGUUUUAGUAGUACAAAGAUAAUAGUGGAAGAACUGGGGUUGUUGAAGGACCAAAAGCAACAGAAGGUUAAAAAGACUAAGGCUGUAAAUGUUAGAACUUUGUAUCAAAAUGGGGAUCCUUUGGGGAGAAGGGAUCUUGGGAAGAGGGUAGUUAGGUGGAUUAGUGAAGGGAUGAAGGCAAUGGCUUCAGAUUUUGUGACAGCAGAGUUGCAAGGGGAGUUUUUGGAGUUGAGGCAAAGGAUGGGGCCUGGAUUGACUUUUGUGAUCCAGGCACAACCUUAUCUCAAUGCCAUUCCUAUACCUCUUGGACUUGAAGCAAUUUGUUUGAAGGCUUGUACACAUUAUCCAACUUUGUUUGACCAUUUCCAGAGGGAAUUGAGGAAUGUUCUUCAAGAGUUGCAGAAGAACUCUGUGGUUGAAGAUUGGAGAGAGACAGAGUCUUGGACGCUGCUUAAGGAGCUUGCAAAUUCAGCUCAGCAUAGGGCAAUUGCUCGAAAGAUUGAACAGCCAAAGCCUGUUCAAGGUGUUUUGGGAAUGGAUCUGGAGAAGGCUAAGGCCAUGCAGGGUAGGAUUGAUGAGUUCACAAAGCAGAUGUCAGAGCUCCUUCGGAUAGAGAGGGAUGCAGAAUUGGAAUUCACCCAGGAGGAGUUGAAUGCUGUCCCUACACCUGAUGAAGGUUCUGAUUCAUCAAAGCCUAUUGAGUUCUUGGUUAGUCAUGGUCAGGCUCAGCAAGAACUUUGUGACACCAUCUGCAAUUUGAAUGCUGUUAGCACAUCAACAGGAUUAGGUGGAAUGCAUUUGGUGCUAUUGAGGGUUGAAGGUAAUCACCGACUGCCACCUACUACCCUGUCUCCUGGAGAUAUGGUCUGUGUGAGGAUUUGUGACAGCAGGGGAGCAGGUGCUACUUCUUGCAUGCAAGGAUUUGUUGACAACCUUGGGGAGGAUGGUUGUAGCAUCAGUGUGGCUCUGGAGUCUCGUCAUGGUGAUCCCACUUUCUCUAAGUUCUUUGGAAAAAAUGUGCGCAUUGAUCGUAUUCAAGGAUUGGCUGAUGCACUCACAUAUGAGCGCAAUUGUGAAGCCUUGAUGCUGCUUCAGAAGAACGGUUUACAAAAGAAAAACCCUUCAAUUGCUGUUGUGGCAACACUGUUUGGAGACACAGAAGAUGUGACAUGGUUGGAGAAGAAUAGUUUUGCAGACUGGAAUGAAGCAAAGCUGGAUGGAUUGUUACAGAAUGGAAUAUUUGAUGAUUCCCAGCAAAGAGCAAUUGCCUUAGGUUUAAACAAGAAGCGACCCAUUUUGGUUGUCCAAGGACCUCCUGGCACUGGAAAGACAGGUUUGCUUAAGGAAGUUAUAGCACUUGCUGUCCAGCAAGGUGAAAGGGUGCUAGUAACAGCGCCUACUAAUGCAGCUGUUGACAACAUGGUUGAGAAACUUUCUAAUACUGGAUUGAACAUAGUACGGGUUGGAAAUCCAGCACGUAUUUCUUCAGCUGUAGCUUCAAAGUCUUUGGUUGAGAUUGUAAAUUCUAAGCUUGCAGAUUACCUAGCUGAGUUUGAAAGGAAGAAGUCAGAUCUAAGAAAAGACCUUCGACAUUGUUUAAAGGAUGAUUCUUUAGCUGCUGGCAUCCGCCAACUUUUAAAGCAGCUUGGCAAGGCACUAAAGAAGAAGGAGAAGGAGACUGUGAGGGAAGUACUGUCAAGUGCACAGGUGGUGCUUUCUACCAACACUGGAGCAGCUGAUCCACUGAUCCGAAGGAUGGAUACUUUUGACUUGGUUGUAAUCGAUGAAGCUGGGCAGGCAAUUGAACCCUCUUGUUGGAUCCCAAUAUUUCAGGGGAAACGUUGUAUACUUGCUGGUGAUCAAUGCCAACUUGCUCCAGUAAUUUUGUCUAGAAAAGCUUUAGAUGGUGGCCUUGGAGUAUCUUUACUGGAGAGAGCUGCAACUAUGCACGAAGGUGUUCUUGCUACCAUGUUAACAAGUCAGUACCGAAUGAAUGAUGCAAUAGCCAGUUGGGCUUCGAAGGAGAUGUAUGAUGGAGAACUGAAAUCCUCUCCUUCUGUCGGAUCUCAUCUUCUUGUUGAUUCUCCAUUUGUCAAGCCUACAUGGAUAACACAAUGUCCAUUGUUGUUACUUGAUACAAGAAUGCCAUAUGGAAGUUUGUCAGUUGGCUGUGAAGAGCAUUUAGAUCCAGUGGGCACAGGAUCAUUUUACAAUGAAGGGGAAGCAGAUAUUGUUGUUCAACAUGUCUUUUAUCUGAUCUAUGCAGGUGUCAGCCCAACAGCUAUUGCUGUCCAAUCACCUUAUGUUGCUCAGGUACAGCUCCUAAGGGACAGGCUUGAUGAGCUUCCUGAGGCUGCAGGUGUUGAGGUUGCAACAAUUGAUAGCUUUCAGGGGCGAGAGGCUGAUGCAGUAAUUAUAUCAAUGGUACGGUCAAACACAUUAGGAGCUGUCGGAUUCCUGGGAGAUAGUAGGCGAAUGAAUGUUGCCAUAACAAGGGCACGUAAACAUGUGGCGGUUGUGUGUGAUAGCUCAACAAUUUGCCACAACACUUUCCUGGCCAGGCUGCUGCGCCAUAUCCGCUAUUUUGGUAGAGUGAAGCAUGCUGAACCUGGUACUUCUGGAGGAUCCGGACUUGGCAUGGAUCCAAUGCUGCCAUCCAUUAGCUAAUAUGACACGAACAGGUCAAGUGCCAAUCUUUAAACUUCUUCCGGAUGAUGAUUAUAUGGGAAUUCAAUCUGUAUCUUAGAUGCUUGGAAUCAUUUCUUCCCGGCAUCUGCUUCUGCAUUGAUUUAUGUGCAGGUGAUUAUUUUUGUGAACAGAAAAACUGCAGACCGAUGAUUUAGUUCUAUAUGGAACUACACAUGUGAUGAACCCUAAUUUGUAUACAUUUCAAAGGGCAAAAAAUAUUAAUGAAAAGGAAAACUAAAAAAAAAAAA